GGUAACGAAGUUGUCUAGACGACAAAGUUUCACACACCUAGAUUUGUUGUUUAAAGUUUUUAGUUGACAUUACUUUGAUAUUGAUAUAGAAUUGAAAUUAUGCCUUCAAGAAUUCAGGUCAAGCUUGUUACAAAGCACAAGAAAUAUUUGGAACAACAUAUACAAUUACUGGAACCUGUUAUAGGAGAAUUGAAAAAUGUUGUUGCAAAAAGUAAGGCGUGGCUAGAAGAACAAACUGACCAAUCAUCUGUCAGCUACAUCGAGCUAUCACAAGAACUGGACACAGCAGCCACGGCCUUGUUGGAUGUGACGUCACAUAUUUUAACCGAGGACAACAUGAAUGUCAACAAACCAACGCCAUCUUUACCACAGCUUGACACACAGACAACAGCAACAUUUCUAACAAGACAACUCAAGACACAAGUCCAACAUACAGCGGCUGAAGAACAUCCUGAACUAGAGCGUAGACUUGCCUAUAUUGAAACAACACUAUCUUCACUACAGGACACACAACACAAGUCUACAGAUGACAUAUCAGAAAUAAAACAAUGGAGAGACAACUUUGUAACAGAACAGAGUGACAUGGCGGUAAACAUUGCACAACUGACUAAAAAACAAAAGCAGAAUGUUACAAACCUCAGAAAACAAAUGAGUGAACAAGGUAACAAUGUAAAGGAGCUGAACAAAGAAAUUGAAAUUUUAAAAGAAAAAGAAUCCAAGUCAAACAAAACACUAGAGAAACUGUCUCAAGAUAUAAAAGAAUAUGAAAACAACUUACAUAAAAUAAAUAAAGACAUGCAAGCUUACACAGUUGAAACAGACAAUAUAGCACAAGAAAUUAAAAGACUUUCCGAUUUAAUUGUUUCUUUACAAGAUGAAAAUAAUAAAACCUUUGUCAAAACAACAACUGGAUUUGAAAAGUUGCAAUCAAAGCACAGUGUUAUGUACAAACUCCUACAACAAAGGUUGAUGCCCAUAGACAAACUGAUUCAAAUCUUUAACCAUAACUUGGAAAAUAGUAAAGAAAGAAUUAAUAAGCUGGGUGAUCUUGAAAAUAGUAUUUCCAAGUUGUCCAACGAUUUUCAUCGCAUCAAGUCACGUGUAUGUAACAGAUAUGCUUGUCAUGUGGCGCUUGAUAAUCUCACACCUGCCAGUGUUGGAUCAAUUAUUUCAACAUUUUGUGAAGUACGUGAAUAUAACGGCCAACAUUUUAAUCAAACAACAGGAAAAUUUGUAUCACCACAUGAUGGUUUAUAUCUUGUCUGUUUCACUCUACAUGAAUGGGAAGAUAAAAUGAUCGGAGUUGAUGUGGUGGCUGGAGACAUGUGGUGUAAGUCUGUAGUAGUGAAAUGUGCCGCCACUAGCGCUGCUGGGUCAGUGGUUGUUGACAUGAAGAAAGGUCAAGAACUUUACUUUAAAGUGAUUCAAGCAGAACAAGGCGCAAAGUUAUCCGGCUUCAGUAAUUUUACUAUCGUUAGUUUAUAGAAGUACAACACAAAACAUGGUGGAUGGUAUCUGUUUAUAAAAAUCUUUUUGUUUCUAUGUAUAAGUGUAUCAUUGUAUUUGUUAAAAAUAAAACCUAGUUUUUUUGUGUGUAAACUAUGAAAUUGAAACAAAAUGAUUUAUUUAAAAAAUGGAAUAAGUUCACUUGGUAACUUAA